UUACUUUCCAACUAAGCACAAGCUAGACUUUGGUCCAAAAAUAUUGGACAUUUCCCACAUCAAAAACCCAAACCCUAUCCCUUAUUCGCCUUUGUCCACCCUCAAUGGCCUCUGUUUCAGCCACUUCUCUCAGGUUCCAACCCUUUCUCAAGUUGUCUACAAGGACUACUACCCAGGGGUGUUACAAAACUUCAAGUUUGGGGGCAGUUUCUGUGGGAUGGAAUAGGAGAACCUUUCCCUCUUUGAGAUCCUCCCGUUUACGCAUUUGUGCAGUCAAGGCACAACCGGAGACAGUGCAGAAGGUCUGCGAUAUUGUGAGGAAACAACUUGCUCUGCCUGCUGAAUCUGAGCUUACCCCAGACACCAAAUUUUCAGCACUUGGUGCUGAUUCCCUUGACACGGUGGAAAUAGUGAUGGGUUUAGAGGAAGAGUUUGGCAUAACUGUUGAGGAGGAUGGCUCUCAAAACAUCUCAACCGUUCAAGAAGCAGCUGAUUUAAUAGAGAAACUGAUUCAAGACAAAAGUGGAGCUAGUUAGUUAGGAGGUGAACAAUUCUAGGGAAAAUCCAUUGAGUGAGGGCACAAGUGUAACUGAAUGAGGUUAAUUAUUCAGCCCAUUCACUGGCCCUUUUUUUGUGCUUACGCGUAUUCUUUAGCAAGCUUUUUUUGGUGACUUUGUUCAAUUUUCUAUUUGAUGCAAGAGGUCAACCCAAAACGCUUUUUUUUCUCUCUCUCUCACGAUAAGCAUCUCAUUUUUUUUUCUUA